AUACUCUGUCCUCGUGCAUUGCAUUUUGCGUGCUUUUGAUAGAUCUCCGGCGGAUCGACCGCUCUUUGUUAUCGUUAUUUCUAGAGUCCAGACCCCCCGCAUCUCCAUACACACAAAGUCAUGGUAUCAGCACUAUUUCCGGAAUCACGAUAUAAUACAGAGUGAAUGGAGAAGUAAGCUAUAAUCCGCAAAAGAGAAAGAAUGUAAUGGUAUAUAUGUUUAGCAUAGAAUCCCAUCGAAGCUGUUGGCGCCCAAUCUCUCAGGCAUCAACUAAUUCCCCCGGCUUCAGUCGCGACGAUUCGAUUCAUCGCUUCACCAUUUGUCGGUCUGCCAGCGUCUUUUUUUCUGCCAUUUUCUUUUUCUUGUCUCGUUAUUUUCUUUUCUUUUGCUCCCUUUGUUCUCCCGAGACCCAAGUACCCCCCACAGUCCGACUCUGCAUCUCUGAUCAGAGAUGCAAUGUGAUCGUUCCUGGCCCGCAACCUGUCCCUUUGGCGUCUGUACUUCACCCCUCCUGGACCACCCUCCAUUGUCUUGCUGAAACUCGACCCUCUUCUCCUUUUUCUUAGCGGUUGAUUCGCCAAAUUGCCUGCGCCCCCGGAUCAAGACCACUCCAUCACCGCCUGGUGUCUCCUCCCCCUCAUUCCCUUGCUGCUGCUGGCUG